AACAUAUCUCCUCCAUCUUACACGCGCAAGUACUCCCCAUUUUGAGGCGUGCAUGAAUCGGCUGCCUAAGUGCAUCAUAUUCGCUCUGCAUUUAUCCGCCAAACGGAUUGAAAAGUUUGGCGCGAUAUCGACGCUUUUGAGGGCACAGACGAGCUGUCAAAAUAAAAGAUAUUUCACUACGUCAAAACAGUACAGCAUGCGACUGGUGCAAUUCCAAUAUGCGGGAAGGGCCGGUGUAGGCGUGGAGCUUGGACAAGGGGGAGAUAUUGUAGAUCUCUGUGCGGGAGACCCAAACAUUCCAAGUAACAUGAAGAAUUUUGUAAAAGAAGGACAGAUCAUGUUAGAUGCAGCUAAACAAGUGGUCUUGUCAGGCAAACAUGUCCUUAAAAGAACAGAAGUAAACCUACGAGCUCCCAUUAAUGACUGUGAUAAAGUUCUCUGUGUCGGAAUGAAUUACCGAGAACAUUGCAUUGAGCAGAAGGUUCCCAUUCCAACAGAGCCAAUAUUCUUCAGUAAGUUUGCGAGUUCCAUUGUGGCUUCAGGAGAUGACAUCAUUUAUCCAGAUGUCACUGAUGAACUUGAUUGGGAGGUGGAACUUGUCAUUGUUAUUGGAAAAAAUGGCAAAAAUAUCAAGGAGUCAAAUGCCAUGGAUCAUGUGAUUGGGUACACAGUAGCUCAUGAUGUCAGUGCUAGGGACUGGCAACUGAAAAAGAAUGGCCGUCAGUGGCUUCUGGGUAAAACCAUGGAUACAUUCUGCCCUCUCGGACCAGCAAUUGUCACCAAGGAUGAGAUUUCAGAUCCUCAUAAUUUGGGGAUUCGAUGCAGAGUGAAUGGUGACAUAAGACAAGACAGCAACACUAAUGAGUUGGUGUUCAACACAAUGCAGCUCAUUGCAUUUAUUUCUAGGCUCCUAACACUGCAAGCUGGAGAUCUGAUUUUGACUGGCACACCAUCAGGUGUUGGUGUCUUCAGAAAACCAAAGCCAAUCUACCUCCAGCGAGGCGAUGUGGUUGAAUGUGAAAUUGACGAAAUCGGGACCAUCUCUAACAAGAUUGUAUAAAUAUCAUUAGCCAACAGGAAAUGAGACUUAUUACAUGUUGGUACCCCUCCCCCAUACAGGAAUAUUUGGAUUGUAAUUUCCACUCAAAUAUUUGCUUAUGGAUGUGGAUAAAUGAAAGAAACUGUGAUAGUGUAUUUUACAGCCUAUUAAAAUUUAACUGGAUUAGAGCUCUGCCUACCACUGAUCUCAGUAAUAAAAAGAACAAAUGUUAUACUGCAGAAAAGGUAACACAGCAUUUUUCUUAAAACCAAACUGCACAGCAUUUUUCUUAAAACCAAACUGCAUGUACCUUUUUAAA